AUGCUCAGUUCAAUUCCAAGGCUUUCAAAGGGCCCAGCGCCUUUAUCUUCCUCCUCGUCGACCAACAAUCAACAACCAGUAAGGCCGCCACGUAACUCAUCUUUGCAGGCUCAAACAACGACGACGUCAACGCCCCAUGCCAACACCGCUCGUAUCCCCUCCAUCCGGCUUAUCACCGCCACCCCAUCAGCGUCGGGCCUCUCAUCCUCCGAGGCAUCUACGUCCUUUGCCAGGGCGCUCGAGGAAUCAUGGGACGCAAUGGCGCCCACCUCAGCCUCCAUCCCCGUGCUGCCCUCGCCGCUCGCACCAAAGUCCGCGGUGGGCGGCGCGGGAGCCGACGCCGGCGUCAAAAGGAAGCUCGUGCCCAAGAAAUCGAAGCUGAGCAUCCUGGGGAUGGGUCUCGGAUCGAACCGAGAUCGAAAGUCCGAAGAGCGCGCUAAAGACUUGUCGGAUGUUGUGCGCCGCGUUGGCCUGUCCGAUUCAGGGGUUUUGAACGACGCGUCGUUCUCGUACUCUACCGGCGGAAAGGGCGGCUUUGAAAUUUACGUGGACCCAAGCCAUGUGGACCCUGAUAUUGGUGAGAUUGUACUGGUGAAGAAGAAGAAAUCAAGGGUGGCUCUAGACGGGGUGAGAUGGGGUGCGAGUUCGAGUGGAGGGGUGGGAGGAGCGAUGGGAGAAGUUACCAAUGUACCCAAGGUAUCCAAAGAGGCAGCGAAAGAGGCGGGUAGAGAUGCAAAGGAGAAAGCUAAAGCGGAGGAAAAGGAAAAAGAAAAGUGGUGGACAACAAUUGGAAGAGGCAGAAAGGACUCCAAGGACAAGAAGGAGAAAGAGAACAAGAUAAGUCACAAACCUCCAGAACCAUUCUCUAAAGCCCAAGCUCAAGGCUCUCAAUCACGCAUGCGGUUCAACUCUUUGGACUCGGGGAUGCUUCUCAACCCCAAGCCCAGUUCUCCUACACCGCAAUUCCCUACCAUGUCCAAUAACUCCAAUAUGAGCAACGUACCUCCGUUUUCUGGGUAUCCUAUUUCUUCACGCCCUCCUGCGCCCUCCAAGAUCGUGCCCAUGCCUACUGAAGAGGAUGAGGAAAACCAGGAAGCCGAAAGGCGUUCGUUGGCCUCUCAGCGCGAGCGUGAACGCGAACGUGCAGGAUCUGUGGCGACUAUGAACUCAACUUACUCCUACAAUGGCAACGGCACGCGUUCUCGCUCGGGUACUCUGAGCUCCACCGUCGGUGGUAUGCUCGCGCCUCCUGGCGCUCAGGCCAGCGGCGAUAGUCUCAAUGCCCAAAACCAGGGCUCGAUCGCGCUGCGCGCGAUUCGCAGCGUGCGGUCGUUGGCUAGGAUUGGUAGCUGGGCGCAGUUGAAGAACAUGCCUGCACCUGGUCCCGAGGAUACUGAGGAGCUUGGGAUGCAGCCCAAGGAUGAGAAGAAGAUGAAGAAGAAAGGCAAGAAGGCUAAGACUGCCGAAGGUGAGAAAAAUGAGCAGGAGAAGGAGGGGAAGAAGAAAAAGAAGGGCACAAAGAAGGGGAAAGCUAAUAAGGAGAACGUGGAGACCGCAACGAAGGCACAGCCUAUCAGGCAAUCAACGAGCAGUUUCGAGGUCGGAGCGUUGACCUCGAGCCCUGGAGGUCCCUCUACCGCUGUUUCGCCAGUCUCGAUGGAGUUCACGAACAAUCAGCUCAAUGUCGGCAACGCAAAGACUCUCGGUGCUAAGAAGAGCAGCGGCAUGCUCCUUGGUCUCGGGUACCCAUCCACCAUGCGGCUCCCGAACUCAUCCUCGAUGCGCGUCGGUUCGAGUGCGUCGUCAAUUGGUGCUCCUGGUUCGUCAGAUGCCCCUGGGCUAGCUCCUUCGCCCAUCAUCACUUCCAACGCCAACGCCCAAGCUAACGCGAACGACAACCGGCUCUCUGUUGAGUCUGCCUAUGCCUACGCGACAUGCAGACCGAGCUCAAUGCUUUCUUCGGGGUCGAGUUUACGACCCUUGUCGACGACGUCCACGAACUCUAGGAUGUCCUCGUCUUCAGGCCAUUCCGGCUCUGGUGCUAGCGUGAGGUGGGACGAGCAGGGACUGCAGACGGUGCGUGAGAUGAGGAGGAAGGAGAGGGAGAGCAGGGAGAUGGAGGGAGAUGCGGAGAAAGAUGAGAAGAAGGAGAGAAGAUCGUCGAAGGAGAGCAGGCGCUCGAGUGAAGGGAGAAAGAGGACCGCGUUGAUGGACGUGUUCCCUGAGGUUCGGAGGUCGCUUGACGGUGCUGCCGCCGUCAGCGGGACCCAAGCUGAGGAGAACGUUCAGGAGGAUGAGAGAGCGGAUGAGAUGGAGGAGGAUCCCGAGGAGGAGGCGCGCUACAGGAAACGCCAGAAGGAACGGGACAGCGCGAGCAUCAAGCGCUUCUCGUACCCUAUCCUCACCAUUGAGGAGGCGACUGCAGAUGGACAUGGAAAGCCCGACGAUUGGGACGAUGUCAUUUCUGGAUAUGAGAGUGGCAGCGCGGAUGGAUGUUCGGAGGAGUUGGGCUUCAAGGAGGAGAAGCCUGUCGUUGACGCGACGCCGGUUAAGAAGGCUCGCGCCCGCCCAUUAUCCGAGCAGAUGUUGGGCAGGAGCAGACCCAAGCCCAUGUACGAAGACGAGGAAGGUGUUCUUUCAAUCCUUGAUGCGGCGACUAACGAUCUUGCCUUGCUCAUCAAUAAUUUGGAUCUUCAAGCCACGCCGAGCACGCCUGACAUGACGCCCUUGCGUCCUUCAGCAUCUAUGUCACCAUCGCCAACACCUGUGUCGACGCUCGAGAAAGCCAAGGCAAUUGACAACGGAAGUCCGACCACGGCAGCAUCCAAGAAGCGCAGAUUGGUAGCCGACAGCCCGCUCGGCGCGAAGAGUGUAGUCAAGAAUUCUUCUGCCUCGAACGCGCAAACGAUGAGACCUGAGCUCUUGAGGCAGAUGAGCACCUCGUCCAUUAGUUCUCUGAGGCCGUAUGCACAGUCUCGCGGUUACCCUCCCAAGCCCUCAGGUCAAGCUCAAGGCUCCACAAUGGCAGCACCUGCGUCCGUCGCACCGUUGAACAUUUCAUCCAAGGCAAAUGCCACUGGCAAUCAGACCAACGCAUCCCUCAUCGCUAAACAGAUUACACCAUGGGCGACUCUCAUUAAAGGUCUCUCACCAGUGAAGGAGAAGAACACUCCAUCUCCUUCAUCCUCCUUGCGCAUGAAGAAAACCUCUGCUGUCCCGACACCACCCUCAGCUGGCAUGGGCACAUUCAGACCUGGUCACAAGCGAACAAUGACUCCUGGACCAGAGCCUGAACCUGAACCAGUCCUACAGCCCUUGCGCCCUGCUAGGUCAAGGCUGGUUGUCAAGGCCAAGAUGCACACCUCCCCCGAGACGAAGAUGGCCGUCGACGAGAACGGGAACAUCAAGAACGAUAUGCUACACCCUCGCGCUCCCUCUUCGCUCACUUUCGGAUCGCGUUCGUCGUCAAGGGCCGCUGGAAGCGUUCGCAGCUCGGAGGAAUUCGCAGGCUCAUUGACGCCUGUCUUCCAGCGCAUUCAAGAAUUCGAGUCCAUUCAAAAGGGCGAUGACGCGAAUUUAGGAGUGAGCAAAUCGAGUCGUGGUAGCCGGUCCAGCAAGGGCAGUCGUAGCAGCUAUGGUAGUCAGAUAACCAGCAACCUCUCCUACGCCAACAACGUGGAGGAGGAGGAGCUUAGAAUUCCAAUUAGCCGCGAGAUGCGUCGGGCCCUGGGCAUGUCGGGUACGAUGGGAGGUUCGGAUGUGUCGAUGUAUCGCGAUGAGGCGGAGGCCGAGCUCGACGCCUCUGACCCGGACUCUGAUGUGCCCAACGAACUCAGGUGCAUCCUGGCCGCUGGGUCUGGUGCUGAAGACGAGGACAGUGACAUGGACAACGGCGUUGAUGAGAGCUAUAUGGACCCAGAUAUGGACAUGGAGAUCGGCACUGUCAUGGAAGCUGCCCGUUCUCGCCCCCAUGAAGCUCUCCCUGCCCUUCCACUCGACCUCAACUUUGACACGGGAUUGUCACUUCCCGUGUUCCGUGCUGAGCUCGUCGACGCUCAUGAUAACCACUUUGAUGUUGAUGUUGACCCCUCUGAGGAUGACGACACCAAGAAGUCAUUUGAUUUCACUGGGGAGCUUCAGAAGCUCAAUGAAUCUGGUGGAUCGGAUCGCAGGAGUUUCGUCGAACAACUCGAGAACGCUUUCAGGACGCCGGCCAAGGUCGACUUGAGGUAUGAUUUCGGUGUUGAUUUGGCUGUGCCGCCGCCGGUACCUGCAUUGCCAUUGCACCUCGCGUCGGCGGCUGAACAGAGGGACGAAAGCUCGGAUGUGCACGAGGAGGACUCAGCGGGUGUGAGUGCAGGGAUGAGUAGUGGAGGAGAUGGCGAUGUUGAGAGCAGCUCAGGCUUCGAUGGGUUCACUGAGUCUGGGUCCCAUCUCGUUGAUAUGCAAUUCCCGUCCCUCAACACGAAUAUGAACACCAAGAGCCGCGUCGAGGACGUCCCACAAGACACCAAAUCUCAGUUCGAUAUGUUCUCUGCAUCGGAAUCCCGGAUUGUCGACGUCAAGGCCCCCUCGUUGCUUCAAGCUGCUGAAACGACCUCCAGCGAUAAGACUGAUAAUCUGUCCCCGAUUAUUAAACGGAAGCUCGCGUCGUCGACCUCGUCUCGUACAUCGGAGACGUCGGAGGGUGAGCUCAACACUUCGUUCAAGUUCGGCGGUCUUCCACGUUCAGAGUCGUCUACGUCGUUGCCCAAGGACGCCAAACCGCUCACGCUUUCGGACAUCAUCCCGCCUCCUUCUCAUGCUCGUUCUCUUUCUGGAAUUGAUAUGGAUUCUUUCAUGCUUGAUGGUCUUGAGGAUGACUCCGUCUUACGGUCCAUUUACAACAAGAUCGUCUCGGAGCAACCUCCUGCAAGGCCGCGCGUAUCGUCUGACCCUGGCGACGUUGUGCAACACCAGGCUUCUGCUCUUGAGAUGAAGAGAAGGAGCAUAUACAAGGCCGACUCCCGCCCUGUCUCUGGCAUCAGCUUCGAAGGUUUCAGCUCGUUCGAUGAGGUUAGGCGAGGCUUUGAGUUCCACAACGAAAGGCCGGCCUUUUAUCCUCCUGCUGGAAACACGUCUUCGUCGUACUCGCGUUCCACGUCUGCUGCUGCUUCUGCUGCGGUCGCUGCUGCCAGCCGUCGUGCUCCUCAUGCUCGACAUGAAUCUGUCUUCAGUAUCGCGUCGGUAUCAUCUUUCGGACACGUCAUCAACCCUGGUUCAGCCGACCCCUUCGAAUUCGGUCUUCCUAGUCUGCAAGAGCGCCCUUCGUCUGAAGAUAUGACCAACAGCUUCAGCAUUGCGAUGUCGGAUAACGUUGACGAUACUUUCGCUUAUCUCGCCCACAAGCCCAGGAGAAGAGUCGAAUCUGAUGCAUCGAGCUUUUAUUUCAAUGCUCCUCAGUCUAGGCAUAUCCGUGGACACCGCCGUCGCGAAUCCAACAUGUCGGUGUCGUCCCAGGCGCCUCCGAUUAGCUUGUACAACAGGAGUUUCGCUCAUCACCGUCGCAACGAUUCGUCAAAUGGGUCCUUCAGCUUCAGUUAUUACCACCACCGCAGGAACGAUUCGACUGCGAGCUCCAGCUCAGUGGCCAUGUCUUAUGUGAAGCACGGGGCGAAUGGCGGGUUGAGCGCUUGGGCGAGACAUCGUCGGGACCAGUCCGUCGAUUCCGUUAUGAGCGACUUUUCAGCUAUGCACCUCGGAAGACCCGGGAUUGGCGACAAAAUGUUCGAUAACGCUGCCCUCGAUCACGGUCCUUUGCCCUCUAUCUCGGCAUCCCCUCCUGAAAGCGCCACCGCGUCGCAGCACCACUUCAGCCUGUCCAGGCGCAGGUCCUUCGAUUCCAUUCUUGACGAGGAACAGCGUUCGUCGAUGGGAGAGGACUCGCUGUUUGAAAAGACGGGUUAUCGGUCGUCGAUUUCCGAAUCUGUUUUCGGCGAUGACUUGGCGCAUCAACUUCAGGGCGGGCUUUUGCCGCCUAACCACUUCAGGCCCCUGUCUAUGCUGAGUGCACACAGCGUACACAGUCCUAUCAGGGAAGAUGACACCAUGAUCAGUAUGUUGGGCGGCGGACAUGUACGUCGUCGUUCGGUUGGCUCGAUUGUCGAGGCGUCUCCAUGUGUUCGCGUUGAGAAACGCAAACACUCCGCCGUUCAAGAUCUCGGCUCGCACUUCUACAAAGGCAAAGAACAUUAUGAGUCUCCUAAUAAAGCCAGGAUUGUGGAGAAGCCUUCCAUUGCCUCCACUUCAUCGUUCCAGUUCGGAGGCGAGCGCAUGAUCAAGGCUCAGCGCGGACUUUUGGAGAGGCAGAGUCUAGAGGAACAUUGCCUUGUAGGUGAUGGGGAGGAUCUAUCUGCCUCUUACCACGCUGUACCUGUAUUCACCAGACCUGCCCCUGCCACCCGCUCGCGCUCGAGCACCUGUACAUCAUCGAGCUCUGGAGGCGAUACCCCACCACUUUCCGCCUCCGACGGGUCUUCAAUCUCUGGUGGUUCACAAUCCAGCAUCGACCUUGCUCAAAUCAACAUUGCUCUGUCAAAUGCCACUCACCCCAUGUCCACGGUUGCCAGGAACCACGCUCGCACUCGCGCUCGCGCGCGUGGUGCUGGGCAUCGUCGCCGUUACUCUAAGUCCCACGUUUCGCGCUCCUCGGUGUACGAAACGAUUGAGGAGGAGCUGCAGUCCAGUCACUCGAGUCCAGCGCAUUCGCUUCCGUCCAAGAAGAGCAGCGAUGACCCUACGACAACUCAGGGUGUUUUCAUCGUCGACUCUGAUACUGCUUCGCUUAACUCUAGGCCUGAAGAAUCUACAUGGGAUGACGAGCGAGGCAUUGUCGCUCUCAGGAAGUAUUACGCCCUUCGCGACGAGGCUCAAACUACCGUGACUGAAAGUCGCAGACUGUGGUCUGAUACGCCGUUUUCUAUCUUUGCCAUACAAUCCUUCCAAGCUCCUGGAAGUCCUGCCGGCAUGCAAGCGCUCCUUCAACACUCAGUGCAAAAUUACGGCCCGCUUCCAUCUGAACUUCGCCCGCACCGUCGCACCCGUACCUCAUCUCGUCCAUCGCCUUACCCUCAAGGCCGCAGCUCCAAGGCUACCUUGUCACCUGAGAAGAAACGGUCGACUGCUUUCGAGAAGGAUGAUCAAUGCACCCCUGUCCUCCAACAGGUCUCUCUCAACCAGAACCGUGACACCAAGACGGCUAAAGCAUCGACCAAAAAUGCGCCAUUCUUGAGCGAGCUCAAACCCUUCUCGCCUCUGGUCAUUGAUGAUACCGAGCCAAAGCGGGAGAACGCCUUUGGACUAGCACCCAAUGCGCGCCCGCGUGUGGGUUCCAACGCCCGUCGUACCGCGCUUGGGUGGACGAAGAGGAGCACAGGCACUAGCAAGUCGUCGACUGACCAGAAGGAGAAUGUGUCCAUGGGUACAAUUGCAACCCCUGGAGAGAAUUUAAGGCUCAACCGUCCCAGACCUCGAGGCAGGCCAACACCUGGAGGACGUACUCCCGCCUCCGCUGCUGCCGCUAACAGGCCUCCGGUCACUGCUGUCCCAACAAGCCGAACCAUCCGAAUCUAA